AUGGAGCAAAUAUACAAGACAAUUAAAAGUAUGGGUCAUGGGGCAUUCGGUGUUGUGUACAAGGCACAACAUAAGUUUGAUAAUAAAUUAUACGCUAUUAAAAAGAUUAAAAAUCCCCUAAGAACACUAACGUAUGACCAAAAGUACGACGAAAUGAUUAAUUACGAAAAAAUUGGAUACCACACCAAUAUUCUUAAAUACUAUAUGGCUUGGGAAGAAAACGACGAGGUCCAUUUGGUGUUAGAAUUAUCCCAAAUGGACCUCUCAGAUUACAUGUUGCACAAAAACACACGAAAAUUACCCGAAAGCUUUUUGUGGGAUCUUCUCUACGACAUGUGUAAGGCGAUCCAACACCUCAAUUCAAAAUCAAUGGUGCAUCAUGAUAUUAAAGAAACGAAUAUUGUACUACACGGUAAUUGCUUCAAGCUCGUGGAUUUUGGUAACAUCCUGGAACUACCACCAGAAGAGGAAAGUGAGACUGAGGGAGCGACAGCGAAACGUGCCCGACCGGGUAGCUAUUCUCAUAAAAGGGACAUGUAUAAUCUUGGAGGGACUCUCCAAAAGAUGAUGGUAUUCAGGGAGUGUUAUAAUCCCCAAUGGAUGAGGGAAACGGAAUCUGCCGAUAGGCCUUCUCCCGAGGACAUACUCAAUUUGCAAGAAAUGGAAGAAGUUGAAAGAAGGUGGAUAAGCGGAGAGCGACAAGUAUAUACGACCAUCAAUAUAGAAAACAUUCAGGGUUGUUGGGCGGAAACACAAGAAAAAGAAAACUCGUCAGAUACGUUGAACUUACCUUCUUGUUCAAACUCAGGAUUAUAA